AUGACGUCUUUAAUUAAAAUAUUCCGAUUCAAAAAGCCUAAAGAGAAACGCAACGAAGAAACACGUUUUUCCCUGCGUUGCUCGCCGGUGCCCACCUGGCGUUCAUCAAAAGACGCCAUCUAUAUUGGAGGUACAUCUUGGAGUCGACCUGCAGCACCUUAUUCAGUCGUUACGGCACCGAAGAAAGGUCGUUCAACGAGAUCAUGUCCCGGCGGAGUGAAUGUGACAUCUAGCAAGCAGCCUCUCGUUGGUACAAUCUCACAACAAUGCACACAGUACAACGAGUUUGUUUUUACUCAAACGGCAGUGCAUGAUUCGAGGCAAUUGGAGAAUGUCAUAAAAACAUCGGAAUAUGGUAGUUGUGAGCCAAGUCCGACGAAUGCUUCACAAGCUCUAUGUACAUUCGCUGAUUCAGAUUGCGAUAACGAAUAUGUGACUCAGCUGCAACGAUGCGAGUGUGAACUGAGAAAAUUGAAACGUCGUUUGAAAGAGGAACGUCAUCGGUAUAGGGAGCAAAUUGUAUCAACUCAAAAUGAUUGCGAAUAUAUGAAACGAGUAGCGGAAAAGACCACUCGUGCGUUGGUUGUUGCGCAAAGAGCCAUCGAGUCGGAACGUCACAAAAACCAAAGUUUGAGACGUCGACUUCGCGAAUCUGAUUCUCUCAUUUCCGAGUUACAAUGUCAACUGAGACAUGAAAGGUUGAAUCGAGAGGAACGUAAUUGUGGCAUGGCUGUUGGAGAAGGCUCGUUGGGUGCUGGUGAGGCGCUCUGUGCUCUCUCACAGUCGAACGCCAAUCUUUACGAUUCAGAAUUUUCCACUCAGCAAUCAAACGACUUACCGGAUGAAGUGCGAAACUUUCGUACGGCUAAUCGUUGCGAGAGUCCGAAUGUUGCAGCUGAAACAUCUCGUUCGUCAACACCAACCUAUGAAAAGAAUGAAGUUCGGAAUGAAUAUGCUGUUCGAGAAAUCAAUUCUAGAGGUGAUCGUCAAAGCAGAAGUUCUUUACGACGAUCUUUUUCCGAUAGUGAAAUCCCGGCGUUGAUUGCCGCUGUUGAUGAUCGGAAUAUCCCGCAACGGCGCUAUUCACCCAGUCGUGCUCGGUCACAUAUCAUUGCACGUGGACUGCUUCCUCAUCACUCGGAAGUGGACAAGGAAGCGAAACUGCUAUCUUCUGACGAGGAUGUGACAACGCUUGAGCUUAUUGGUAAACAACUACGGCGUCGUGGUGAUGUUGUUCGUUUUAUUCCGCCACGAAGGACGGUUCGUGAGUCUACCUUCAGACAGUUCGGACGUAGAGAGCGUAUCGCUUUGGCGGAAUUUGAUUAUUUACACGAGUUGAGCACCGAUGCGAGUGCGAUUGCAUCCAGUCCGGAUUGUGCACGCUUCAGUGAUCAUUUUCAAUAG